AUGAAGUUACAUAUUUAUUGUGUUCGUGAUAAAAAGCUUCAAGCUUAUGGAACACCUCAAUUUGCAAAAGAUUAUCCUGAUCAACAAGCUGAAACCUGUAUUCGUGGAAUUAAAAAAGGUGAAGCUGAUAAUGUUCCAGGAAAGUUUGAGAUUUUGCCUGAACCUCAAAAAUUAAUUGACUAUGAAGAUUACAUGGUCAAGGAGGUUAAGGAAAAUGUCCGAAAAUCUAGAUCUGAUUUUUCUUCAUCUGUUGUUAAGGAUUACAUUCAUAAACAGAUUGUAGUUCGAACUGGUGAUGGUGAAGAUGAUUGGCAUUUGGAUGAAGUUCCUGCAUGCGUUGGUGAACAUGAUAUUCACAAGGAAAUUCAAGAAGAAGCUAAAAAGUGUAAUCUGAAAGCUUUAAUUGCUCAAGUCCUUAGAACUGGAGAUGAAUCCUUACUUCAUCAAAAAGAUGUUGUUCAAUUUGGUGAUGUUACUGGAAUCCCUGAAGAUAUUAUAACUGCUCAAAAAAUGGCUGCAAAUGCAGCAAAAAUUACUGGUAAUUUACCAGAUUCAUUAAAAGGCAAAACUUAUGAUGAGCUUAUGUCUAUGGAUCCUAAAGAACUAUUAGCUGCUUAUGGAGUUAAAGGUUUAGAUGCUGAAGAUAAAGAAGCUAAAUCUGGAGUUAAGUCUGAUGUUAAGCCUGAGGAAAGAGAGGAAGUAGAAAAUGGCAAGCCUCGUUCUAUUCAGAAUAUUGAUAAUACUUGGACAGCUCCUGUUUAUCAUGGUGAUUUAUUUUUAGUAGAUUUAUUUGAAAUUCUUCCAUCAGAUUCUGCUAAAUAUGAAAUUGAUGCGUUUAUUAGAACAGCAACACCACCUAUUGCUCCUUUUAUGACACCUGUUUGGAUGUCUAUAGCAGCGUUCUAUGUUCCUGAAAGAUUGGUUUGGGAUAAGGAAAAAGAAUUCAUGGGAGAAGCAAAAGAAGGUUAUGGAAUUCAAUCAACUAUUUAUCAACCUCGUGCAACUAAAAAUAUGGUUAUUAAAAAAACUGAUGUUCCAACUAAUCCUCAAGCUUUAGCUGUAUAUGGAAAUUUAAUUGCACAAAAUGCAAGUGUUGUUCCAUCUACUACACAUUCUCCUAUUGCUGUAAAUCCUAUGAGAUGUUUCUUUCAAGUUUAUAAUGAUUGGUUUAGAAAUGAGAAUUUUAUGGCUCCAUAUUUAUGGAAUCAUGCACAAACUGGUGAUGGAACUCAUGCUUUAGCAACUUUAAAUGGUGCAAAUAUUACUGGUUAUUCUAAACUUCCAAAAGUUUGCAAGAAGAUGGAUCUUUUCACUUCUUGUUUGCCAUGGGCUCAAAAAUCCAACCCUGUAUUAUUGCCCUUAGGAGAUAGUGCACCUGUUACUGGUUCGGUUAGUAUUUCAAGUGCUGCGAAUAAUGGUCAACCUUUGCCUAUUACAUUCUUUCAAACUAAUGAUCCUGAUGCUCAAAGUAAACUUGUUACUGGUGGAGAUGUUGGAGAUAAAAAGACAGCUUUUUUAGAAAAAUCUGCUGUUUAUGGUGGAAUUGGUGCUUAUCAGGAAGUUUCUUAUAAUUCAGGAUUAGCUGCAUCAUUUACUGGAACUGCUAAUUUGGCUACUGCAACUGCUGCAACUGUCAAUCAAUUAAGAAUGGCUUUUGCUACGCAAAGAUAUUUUGAAGCUUUAGCUCGUGGUGGUUCAAAAUAUAGAGAAACAAUUUAUUCUUUAUAUGGUGUAUCUAUUGGAGAUACUACUGCACAAAUGGCUGAAUAUCUUGGAGGUAUGACAACAACAUUGAAUAUUGAUCAAGUUACACAAACAACUGGCCAUCAAGCUGGCCAAGGAACUGAACUUGGUGCUCCUGGUGCUAUUUCUUUAAGUGCUUCAAGUGAGUAUUUAUUUACAAAAUCAUUUGCUGAACCUGGUUAUAUUGUUCUUGUUGGUUAUACAAAACAUCAAAGAAUUUAUGGUCAAGGAAUUGAAGAUUUUUGGCAAAAGUCUGAAAUACUUCAAAGAUAUAAUUCAAAGUUUGCAUUUAUUGGUGAACAACCUGUUCCAACAAAUUCUAUCUUUUUCUCUGGUUUAAAAGCUAAUGAUUCUAUUAGUUUUGGGUUCAAUGAAGCAUGGAGUUCUGACUAUAGAUUUAAAAGAGAUGUUGUUAUUGGUGCUUUAAAUCCAUCAACUUCUAAUGCUUUAGAUUUCUGGACUCUUGGAGAAAAUUUUGCAACUGCUCCUACUUUAGGUGCUGCUUUCUUAACUGAAGAUAGAACUAAUAUUGCUAGAUGUUUAUCUGGUGGAACUUCAUCUCCAGAUUAUUUCGUAGAUUUAAAGAUCAGAAGAAGAGUGGCUCGUGAGCUUCCAGUUCAUUCUACACCUGGCUAUAUUGACCAUUUCUAG